CAGUGUCCUCUGUCUCUCCUACUCUUCACCCCUAGAAUACCUGUCGAGAAGAUUUGGAUUAAGACUAAUGAACUGGGAGUAAAAUAAUCUCCAUUCAAGGCGGAAGACCGCCUCAUUGUCUCGCUGUGGGAUUUUAGUUUGUGCGCCUUUGACGGCUAAAGACGAUGUCUGUCCGGAGAUACUUUGUCGCUUUUUCCAAAUGCACAGUUUUCCUCUCCCUGAGGAUUUUGUUCCUUGUGCUUGCAGGGUUACCGGUCCGUAGCCAAGGGGAUUCUCAAUCCGACAACAAAGUGAUGGACAAUAUCACCGUCCGACAAGGAGAGACAGUCUUUCUCAGGUGUCCACAGGGGGAUGUUGUCACACACACAGCAUGGCUUAAUCGGUCAAGUAUACUGUAUGCAGGAGAAGACAAAUGGUCGAUUGAUCCCAGAGUCAGUUUGGUGACACUUAAUCAAGAGGAGUUUACUAUCAAGAUUGAAAAUGUGGAAAUGACAGAUGAGGGGCACUACGUGUGUGCGGUCCAGACAAGCAGUCGACCAAAAACCACCUCAAUGCACAUUCUCGUCCAAGUGCCACCGAAAAUCACCAACCUGUCAAGAGAUGUUGUGGUAAAUGAAGGCUCCAACAUCACCCUGAUGUGCCAAGCUAGUGGUAAACCAGAGCCUUCCAUCAGCUGGAAGCUCAUCUCCUCUUCAGGGGACCUGGUGUCAGAUGAUGAGUACCUGGAAAUCCCAUCUAUAUCCAGACAGAGAGCAGGGACGUAUGAAUGCACAGCUGUCAAUGAUAUUGACACAGAUGUGCAGACUGUAGACAUCACCGUCAACUAUGCUCCAAGUGUGUCAGAGGGCAGAGAUGUCGGAGUGACGCCUGGCCAGAGAGGAGUGCUGGAGUGUGAGGCCGAUGCAGUGCCUGAGGCAGAUUUUGAGUGGUAUAAAGAUGACAGAAGGAUCUUUAAUGGCUUUGAUGGUAUGGAAAUUGUCAGUACUGGAUCAGGGUCAAAGCUGACUUUCUUUAAUGUGUCUGAUGGAGAUUAUGGUAACUACACCUGUGUCGCCAUCAACAAACUUGGGAGCUCAAAUACAAGCUUCCUUCUGUAUGUGGUAAUUGAACCCACUAGCUCAACGCUUUUGCAAGGACCGAGAGCAGUUCAGGAUGGCAGCGGCGGGGCGAUGAGAGUGCACUCACACAGCUGUCUCCUCUUUGUUAUGAUUCUGCCCUUCCUGCUCAGAUUUUGAAGAGAAAUGGAUUUGAACACGUGUUUUGAGUGCGUGUCUGCGUGUGCGUUUCUUUUUGUUUUUUUGACUGAAACCACAAACUGAUGCACAGUAAGUGCAUGAGGUAAUCUGCACCACAUUGAUGUUGACCCACUAAGUAAUUAUAUAAUAAGCUUGAGUCUUUCUUUUGUUUUCUAAUUUUGAGAUUUCAAGGAUGUAACAAUUGUUUCACCUUUUAAUUUAAUUCUAUUGGAUAUUUUUCUCUUUUAAUUAUAUUAUUCUGGAGUGUCUCUUUUUACCUAUGUCUCUCAAAAAUGUUUAAAUGUUUUGUCUUUUAUUUAAAUGGAUUUGUCUUAAUUUUAACCACACUGAAUAUUCAACUCCAGGAAAAGGCAAAUUUGCAGCAAGUAUAAGAGGUGAAUGUUAAAUACCUCAAAGUCAAACUGAGAGAGUGAAACAGAAGGAAUUUAGGUUACCCUGAGGCUGGAGGCCUGGUAUUAUCAUAUUUUAAUGUAUAAUAAUUAUCAUUUAGUCUGGUUGUUAAAAGCAGAACUGUUCUUGACCUUCAAGUAUUUUUGUUCUCAGCAUUAUAGUGAUAUACUUGCUAUUGUGUUAUGCUAAUCUUUCAAAUUAUAUUUUUUCAAUUGUGUUUAGUUUUAAAUAUUUUUAAGAAGGGGAAAUAUGAAGUUGUAAUUAUUUGGGACAAAUAUCCUAGUUUCAUGUCUUUGUCUUUUUUUGUUGUUCUUUAUAGUACCAGUUGUACGCAAACAUGUUGUCAAGAUUAUUAUAAUUAUGUUAGAAUUUAAUGGUUACAAAUGGAGGGAACAUUAACUACACGUGUGUGGAGUUGACAUCUGACUUAAGUAAUGCAAAUGUAUUAAUGCUGUUGGUAUUUGUUUGAACAUCAUGCCAUGUAUACAUGACACAGUUGUUCUAAAAAAUUCCUGUUUAUGUUCUAAACCAGCACUGGAGGGUUACGGAGCAGUCAGUUUGAGCAUGUUAACACAAAACAAACACUUUCUGCAUGUAUUUAGACACAAAUAACCCAAAGACUAUAUUUCACAUUUUUCCCGUUUUUCAGUCUCAGCACCAAAACAAAGACACUUUUUUUAAGUAUUGUCUUCUCCCUAACUUGAGAAUAAACUAGAGGUCUUCACGGGUAAAUUAUUUUUUGCCUGCACAAAAAUGUACCACGGUGAACCAAACUGCAUUUGUCUGUUUGUAUUUUUUUCUCUCUAAAUGUAGGACUCAGACCCGAGUUUGCCGGCUGACUGACAAAACUUAACACAAUCUUUUUCUCCUCUCACUUGUAAAACACAACUUGCUUAUCAGCUCUGCAGUUCUGUUGCAUAUAUCACAUUAUAUAUUACAUUAGCUGCCAUUUUCAAUUAUAACAAUUGUUUACUUAUUGCCACAGUUAUCAUUAUCAUGGGUUAUCUGCUAUUUGAUAUGCUCGUCAAAGUUAGUCUGACCUGGUCUAUUUCCUGACCCACACUUUUUCAUCCUAAUAAUGUAACAAUAUACAAAUACACACAGCACAUAUAACAGGGCUGUCUGAUCAUGGCCAGGCCUCCUCCACUUGUACUGCAUGUAAUGGAAAACAUACCUGGUAAGUGCAGUAAUAUAAAACAUAGGUCAUAAACAUAGACUGUAUAUAAAAAAUGGAUGUAGGCACUGUGACUUGAGCCUCCAGUGUUGCUUUUGGCCAUUGUCUUUUUUUUUGAAGGCAAGCAUACCAGAGAAUAAGGAAUUGAUCUUACUGAGAACCUGAAGACAUUAUGCACACCAAAAGCAACUUGAGGCAUACUCUGCGCCAUCACUUUCCAUAAAUUAAACUAUAAUGCACAAAAUAAACAUACUGUAUUGAAGACAUAUUGAAAGUAGCAACUGAGACCAUAAAGUCAUUAGAAAAAUGUUUAAUUGGUAAAUGUUUUAUAGGCAAGUUUGUAGUCAUUUUUUCACACUUCUUUGCCUUUGGACUUCACUUUGUCAAUAAUCAUUUGUCAUUAACCCCCUCGAAAGAAGGCAACUUUGAGGCACUUUUGCUUCCACUUCACAUUUUAGACUUGGAGGCUAAGACCCAUCUUUUAUAUAGUGUCCGUUAUCCAGUCUUGCACAGGUCCACUGGUAUGGGUACACUCGUGAAGACCUCUAGAGUAAAUCUUUUAACAUGGGUAUGGGUAAUUCGAGGGGGGGAAACAUUUAAAAUCAUAGACACUUAAACCAAAAUGUACAGUGUAGGAGUCAGAUUGUGAGGUGCCCAUUGUGAGAUGAACAUUGCAUUUCUAGCUCUUACUAAAAAAUAAGAAAUAAUUGCAGAGUUUACUGUAUAGUAUGCAAGCCAGCUGCAAUAACUGAGAUUGAUCAGAGGUCUCAGCAACAGUUCUCAUCAUUUGAUAUAACUUGCAUUAUCAGAAAAGACAGGAUAUAUGAGAAAACAAGAAAAUCAUAUCUCCAGGUUUUAUUAUGAACAUACAUCAGUGCAGGCAGAGUGUCACAGGUGUUAUGACAGGCAGCAAGCAAGCAGCAAAUCCUUUACUGUAUUUCGUUGUGAGUAUGAGAAUUUUAUGCAACAGUCUGUAACCUCUCAGAAAAUGACAGCGAGAAAUAAAGCUGAUCAUUUAUCUUU